AUGGCAGUCAAGUGGACUGAUGGACAUUCUUCUCCUAUUCUCUGUUUAAAUGCAAGUAAAGAAGGGCUAGUGGCUUCUGGAGCAGAAGGUGGCGAUCUCAUGGUUUGGAGUGAAGAUGGGACCCCAUUAGGACACCUAAGGUUCCAAGGGACUGAUGACGUUGCCAGUGUCUUAUUUUCCAACACCUGUCCCACCAAGCUAUAUGCCUCACAUGGAGAGACCGUUAGCGUACUGGAUGUCAGGUCACUCAAAGACUCCUUGGACCAUUUCCAUGUAAACGAAGAAGAAAUAAAUUGUCUUUCAUUGAAUGAAACAGAAAACCUGCUGGCUUCUGCUGAUGACUCUGGCACAAUCAAAAUCCUGGACUUGGAAAAUAAGAAAGUUAGCAGAUCCUUAAAGAGACAUUCCAAUAUUUGUUCUGCUGUAGCUUUUCGGCCUCACAGACCUCAGAGCCUGGUAUCUUGCGGGCUGGAUAUACAGGUGAUGCUGUGGAGCCUUCAGAAAGCCCGACCACUCUGGAUUACUAAUUUACAGAAGGAUGAAUCCGAAGACCUGGAUGGCCCACAGUCACCUGGCCAGCUUUUAAAUCCUGCUCUCGUCCACUCUGUGUCAGUGGCAUCAUGUGGCAAUAUUUUUAGUUGUGGUGCUGAAGAUGGGAGAGUUCGAAUUUUUAGGGUGAUGGGAGUUAAAUGUGAACAGGAAUUGAGAUUUAAGGGUCACACAUUGGGUAUAUCCCAGGUUAACUUUCUUCCAGAAUCAUACUUGCUGCUUACUGGAGGGAAUGAUGGGAAGGUAAUGUUAUGGGAUGUGAGCAGUGACAUAGAGAAAAAACACAAGAGUGCCACAAAACAUACCCAUAAAAGGAAAAUGAAGAGAGCCAAGCAGGAUGGGAAGACUGGUGCUUCAGUAACAGAGAAAAAGGAACAUGGCCGCAUUUUGCCAAAACUGACUAUUGAGCAUGGUGAAAAAGUGAACUGGCUCCUGGUUACAAAAAUAAAGGGAUGCCAAAGCAUAUUAGUAGCUGAUCAGACUAAUUGUAUAUCUGUCUAUCCUUUAAAUUAA